AUGUUGAUCUUGAUGUUGGAAUCAGGAAACAAACAGAAAGGGAAACUGUUACAGCAGAAGAAUCAAACGAGUCAAACUGAAAAAGGAGGAAUCAGAAUCCAGAGCCCGGAGGAGGAAUCAGAACCCAGAGCCCGGAGGAGGAAUCAGAAUCCAGAGCCCGGAGGAGGAAUCAGAAUCCAGAGCCCGGAGGAGGAAUCAGAAUCCAGAGCCCGGAGGAGGAAUCAGAACCCAGAGCCCGGAGGAGGAAUCAGAACCCAGAGCCCGGAGGAGGAAUCAGAAUCCAGAGCCCGGAGGAGGAAUCAGAAUCCAGAGCCCGGAGGAGGAAUCAGAAUCCAGAGCCCGGAGGAGGAAUCAGAACCCAGAGCCCGGAGGAAAAUCAGAAUCAGAGCCCGGAGGAGGAAUCAGAACCCAGAGCCCGGAGGAGGAAUCAGAACCCAGAGCCCGGAGGAGGAAUCAGAACCCAGAGCCCGGAGGAGGAAUCAGAACCCAGAGCCGGAGGAGGAAUCAGAAUCCAGAGCCCGGAGAACACCCGACCGGAGGAGGAAUCAGAACCCAGAGCCGGAGGAGGAGGAGGAGAAUCCAGAGCCCGGAGGAGGAAUCAGAAUCCAGAGCCCGGAGGAGGAAUCAGAAUCCAGAGCCCGGAGGAGGAAUCUGAAUCCAGAGCCCGGAGGAGGAAUCAGAACCCAGAGCCCGGAGGAGGAAUCAGAAUCCAGAGCCCGGAGGAGGAAUCAGAAUCCAGAGCCCGGAGGAGGAAUCAGAAUCCAGAGCCCGGAGGAGGAAUCUGAACCCAGAGCCCGGAGGAGGAAUCAGAACCCAGAGCCGGAGAGGAAUCAGAAUCAGAGCCCGGAGGAGGAAUCAGAACCCAGAGCCCGGAGGAGGAAUCAGAAUCCAGAGCCCGGAGGAGGAAUCAGAAUCCAGAGCCCGGAGGAGGAAUCAGAAUCCAGAGCUUUGUUUAAUAUCAUGAACAUUUUGGUUCCUGAACAAACUGAGCUGCUGGACUCAGAUUCUCCAUCCUCAGAUGCUUCCACAUCUUCCUCCUCUUUUUCGAGUCUCGGAGGUUUUGUGGACUUUACUUUCACGCAGGAGCCUCAGGACACUGUGACGGUGCGAGGGGGCGUUCUGCAGCUCGACUGCCAGGCACAGUCUGACGCAGUGACGGGACCUCUCACCAUCACGUGGCGUAAAGAUAGCGUGCUGCUGAGUGCUGUGGUGGACGAGCGGCGGCGGCAGCUGGCUAACGGCUCAUUGCUGGUGCAGAAUGUGGUGCACUCGCGGCAUCACCGGCCUGACGAGGGGGUGUACCAGUGCCUCGCCACGCUGGACGGACUGGGGAGCAUUGUGAGUCGGACCGCCAAGGUGACUGUGGCCGGACCUCUGAAGGUGGUCGUCCCCACCGAGUCGGUCUCCUCAUACCUCGGUGACACAGCCCUUCUACGCUGUGAGGUCUCCGGCGACCCGACACCCAUCAUCCGCUGGCAGAAGAACCGGGAGGACCUGCCGGGGGCCUUGGACCCAGACUCCCGUCUGGCGGUGCUGCCGUCCGGCUCGCUGCAGGUCAGCCGUGUCCAGCCGCCGGAUUCAGCCACUUACCGCUGUCUGGCCGACAACCCAGGCAGCACCAGGACGGGAUCGGACGCCGAGCUGCGAGUGCUCCCAGAACCUGGGGUGAGCAGGAACCUCCAGUUCCUCCAGCGUCCAUCCAGAGUCAUGUCUCUGCUGGGAACCGACACUGUGCUGGAAUGUUCUGCCUCUGGAUACCCGACUCCAAGCAUCCAGUGGAGGAGAGGAGAGGAGCUGAUCCACAGCUGGAAUAAGAAGUACUCCCUGCUGGCGGGCAGUAAUCUGAUCAUCAGGAGCGUCACUGACGAUGACUCUGGCAGCUACAGCUGUUCUGCCUCCAACAAGAACCACAACAUCACUGCACACACAGAGCUCAGCGUGCUCGUGCCUCCACAGUUCCUGAACUACCCAACCAACACGUACGCUUACGAGUCCACCGACAUCGAGCUGGAGUGUGCCGUGACGGGAACCCCUCAGCCGACAGUCCGCUGGCUGAAGAACGGAGAGGAAGUCAUCCCCAGCGACUACUUCCAGAUUGUGGACGGCAGCAACCUGCAGAUUCUGGGUUUGGUAAAAUCCGAUGAAGGAUUUUAUCAAUGUGUCGCUGAAAACUCGGCCGGCCGCUCACAGGCCAUGGCUCAGCUGCUGCUGCGAGAUCCAGUGUCCCCCAGCCCAGGCGUUGUCCUCCCCUCUGCCCCCCGCGACCUGGUCCCUGUCCUAGUGUCCAGCCGAUUUGUCCGACUCAGCUGGCGCCCCCCAGAGGAGACGGGACGAGCCGUGCAGACCUAUGGUGUUUAUUACUCCCAGGACGGAGUCGAGAGGGAGCGGUCGGUGAACGUGUCGGAGCCUGAGUCUUUGGAACUGACGGUUUCUAACCUGAAACCAGAAGAGAGCUACAGCUUCCGAGUCGUCGCUUAUAACGACGUGGGACCAGGAGAGAGCUCCGCCCCCCUGAGGAUCACCACCAAACCCGACCUCCAGGUCCCCAGCCGGCUGGAGUCCCUCCGAGUGGAAGCUCUGUCCCCCGCCUCCCUCCAGGUGAGCUGGGAAGCUCCCGGCCAACCAAACGGCCCCGUGCUCGGCUACAGGCUGAUGUGGAGCGAGAGUCCGUCCGACAAGGAGCAGAGUGUGGAGGUGAACGGGCUCAACUACAAAAUGGAGGGACUCCAUAAGUUCACCGAUUACACCGUCCGUGUUCUGGCCAUCAACCGCUACGGGCCAGGCCCCGCCUCCGAGGCCGUGAGCGUCACCACCCAAUCAGAUGUUCCCAGCGCUCCUCCUCAGAACAUCACAUUAGAGGUCGUCCUGUCCAGGAGCAUCAAGGUGUCAUGGCAGCCGCCUCUGCGCAGCGCCCAGAACGGCAUCAUCACCGCCUACAAGAUCAAAUACAGGAAGACGGGUCGGCGUGGCGACCAAGAGGCCAUUGAACCCAACAACUUCUGGUACCUGUUCACAGGUUUGGAGAAGGGCAGUCAGUACAGUUUCCAGGUCGCAGCCAUGACGGCCAAUGGAACAGGUCCAGCAAGCGACUGGUUCACUGCUGAGACACCAGAAAACGACCUGGAUGAGAGUCAGGUACCCGACCAGCCGAGCUCUCUGCACGUCAGGCCGCUGCCCAACAGCAUCAUCAUGUCCUGGACUCCACCCCUCAGCCCUAACAUCCUGGUCCGAGGUUACAUCAUCGGCUACGGAGUGGGAAGUCCUUAUGCAGAGACGGUCCGGGUGGACAGCAAGCAGAGAUACUACUCCAUCGAAAACCUGGAGCCCAGCUCGCACUAUGUGAUUUCCCUGAAGGCAUUCAAUAACGCUGGAGAGGGAGUUCCCCUGUAUGAGAGCGCCGUCACUCGAUCUCUGACAGACCCCAUAGACCCAUCCGAGGAUGACCUUUUCCAUCUCUUUGAUAAAUACCCCACUCCCAUGCCAGACACCAGCACUCCCAUGAUUCCCCCAGUGGGGGUCCAAGCUGUGGCUCUGUCCUCAGACUCCGUCCGGGUGUCCUGGGCUGACAACUCCAUGACCAAGAACCAGAAGUCGUCUGAGGUCCGGUUCUACUCCGUCAAGUGGAAGACCAGCUACUCCACCAGCGGAAAGUACAAGUCUGCAGACACCACGGCGCUUAGCCACACUGUUGCCGGCCUCAAACCAAACACCAUGUACGAGUUUGCUGUCAUGGUAACCAAAGGCCGCAAGUCGAGCACAUGGAGUAUGACGGCACACGCCACGACGUACGAAGCAGCUCCUAGCUCCGCCCCCAAAGACUUAACGGUGAUCAGUCGCGAAGGACGACCCCGCGCCAUUUUAAUCAGCUGGCAACCGCCGAUGGAGGCUAACGGACGAAUCACAGGUUACAUCCUGUACUACACGCUGGAUAAGAACAUGCCGAUAGACGACUGGGUGAUGGAGGCGAUCAGCGGCGACCGGCUGACUCACCAGGUCGUCGAUCUGAACCUCGACACGGUUUAUUACUUCAGGAUUCAGGCCAAGAACGCCAAAGGGGUUGGCCCGCUGUCGGAGCCCGUCCACUUCAGGACCGCCAAAGUGGAACAUCCAGACAAGAUGGCCAAUGAUCAAGGUCGCGGAGGAGACCACACCUACUGGCCGUCUGACACCAACCUCAUUGACAAGAGCAGCAUCAACGAGUCUCCUAUUGGUCAGAUGCGUCCACCUCACGGCAGCGCCACACCACAAAAGAACGGCAACCUUCUGGUACUCAUCGUGGUUUCCGUGGGAGCCGUCACAGUAGUUGUGGUCGUCAUCGUCGCGCUAAUCUGCACCAGGCGCUCCUCGGCGAAACAGAGGAAGAAGAGAGCGAGUACCAGUGCCGGUAAGAGGAAGGGCAGCCAGAAGGACCUGCGACCUCCUGACCUCUGGAUCCACCAUGAGGAGAUGGAGAUGAAGAACAUGGAGAAGGCGCCGAGCGUCGCCCCAUCGGCACGUGACUCGCCCAUCCAGUCCUGCCAGGACCUCCCCCAGGUCGCACACAGCCAAUCAGAGAGCCAGAUUGGCAGCAAGAGCAGCCAUUCAGGAGCGGACGGAGAUGACGCCUCCAGCUGUAUCUCGACUCUGGAGCGCUCCCUGGCUGCCAGGAGGGGAACACGAGGAAAAAUGAUGAUUCCUAUGGACUCACAACCAAGUAACACACCGGUUGUUAGUGCGAUCCCGGUGCCAGCUCUGGACUCGUCUCAGUAUCCUGGUAUCCUGCCUUCACCUUCCUGCAGCUUCUCACACAACAAGUUCAGCCUGAGACCGAUGCCUUUCCCCAGCCUGACGGUGGACAGAGGUUACACACCAGCGAUGCCCUCGGAGAUCUCCACCAAUCCUCUCCUCCAGCAGCAGCCUCCACCACAGCAGGCCCCUCCCCUCCUUCCGGGCUCCUCCGCCCUGCCCGUUGAGCACACUCCUGUGGUCGGUCCAGUUCCGGGCGCUCCAACUUCAGCUGCAGCCUCUGAGGAGGUCCAGGCAACGAAUGCUCGGACCAUCCCAACGGCCUGUGUGCGGCCCACGCACCCGCUACGAAGUUUCACCAACCCACUGCUGCCACCACCCAUGGGGACCAUCGACCCCAAGGUGUACACAUCCAUGCUUCCGCAGUCCAGUGCUAGCCUCCCAAAGCCCCAGGUGAAGACGGCUUCUCUGGGUCAGGCGGGUAAGGCUCGAUCGCCUCUGCUGCCUGUCUCGGUCCCAACGGCGCCAGACUUCCUCGAAGAGGGAGAAACGAAACCCGCCGAGGAUUCAGCUGCCAACGUUUACGAGCAGGACGAUCUGUCUGAGCAGAUGGCCAGUCUAGAGGGACUGAUGAAGCAGCUCAAUGCUAUUACUGGUUCAGCCUUCUAACCUUUGACCCCCGCCAGGCCCAGCCCUAUGUCACAGUCCAGUCUGGAACCCUUCUUCAAGCCUUGAUGUCACCUGCUGUCUUUUUGCUAGCAGCAAUGGGCCAAUCUAGGUUUGAAAAGAUCUCUGUGGAACCUGCCUCUCUGCUUGGUUGAGUUUGUUUGGUUUCUACUGGUCUGGGCUUGUGUCUGCUGUUUGGGACCGAGAUUGGACAAAAGGUAACACAGAAUAAACUCUACAGCAGCACAACAUGAACUGACCGAACAGGAGAAGGAUUGAAGGGCUUCUUUAGGAGUUCAAACUGAAACCCCUUGAAAGACCCUUCGACCUUAAUCACAAAACUAGAAAACCCAAUGCCUAGCGUCUUGACAUAAAAAAACAGGAGGAAAGAAUUUUCACAAAAAAAGAAGAUACAUUUAUACGAGCCCUCCUGUUCGUCUUCUUUGUGGUAUUUAUUAGCGUCCUCCUCAGCUGAGUUCUGCACAACUCAGUUACUGUGACUAUACUUAACUUAUUUUUCGUUACUGUUGGAAGUACUCGUAUUUUCAACACUUUUCUUUUGGGUACUUCCUCUUUGUGCAGUUACAGGAUGUGUAUAUAUAUUUUUUAAAAGUACCAGGACCUACAUUAUGAAAGAACGAACACAUCCUCAGCCACCAAAGUUUCAACAAACUUAAAAUGUUUCUUACCUGGAUCCAAGGAUGUCUGUUGCGGUCAUGUGUGAGGAUCCUUACUGGCAUUUCUUGGCCAUACGUUGUUGUUGUUCCACUCUUGAAGUGGACAGUGUGAUUUCAUUGAACCAUCCAUCAUUCAUCCCUCAUGCAGCCCUUCCACAUCUGGAUCCUGAGGUUAAAAGAGUAUUUGAACCUUCUGUACUUGUCUGAAUCAUCUGGCUCAGGAUCUACCUGAAUCUACUCUAUAAGGACUUUAUCAAAACCUCUAUAGACUCCCACGAUCUUGCUGUUCUUGAUGAAGUAUUUUCUCUCCUUACCCCGGAUACAAACACCAUGUUCCUACAAGGACUUGUGUUGUCAAAUUCCCAUAAUGGAAAACUUCUUGUGACUUUCUUUGUUUUUGCUCCUUGUUUAACUCUGUCUCACCCCCAAACAUCAAAUUUUGAAAGAUAUCUGGAUUUUGAUUGGUUGAAACCAUCCCUUUGUGGACAAAUGAAGGUUCGGCUUGGGAUGGUACUAAGAAACCUUGUUCCGCCAAGUUGAACUAUGUGUAUGUCACAUUAAGCCCAUGGUCACCCCCUGCUGGCUGGAGUGUGGAAGUGCAUGCUGCUUUGACUAUGAAGGAGCAUUUUAUGAGGCAAGGUUGUUCAUAGAAAUAGAUUUUGAGUGCCAUCAAAAUACAUCAUGUAGAGAAAGAGAUAGAAAAUGAAACCUCACAAGUGAGUGUUUGGUCUUAAUUGAUAAUUAAAAACAAAGAUUACUUUGAUUUUAGUUUAAAAUCAAUCAGGAUCUUGGAAGAAAUGGGACUAACGACUCUCCACACCUGCGUCAUUCCCUGUCCAAGUAAGAUUGAAUGGGAAUCUGGCAUCACUCUAAUGAAAUAGUCAAUUGUCAAGGUGUUAUAGCAACAGGAAUAUAAUAGGUUAUUAUAAUUAUAAUGAUUGUUAUUGUUUAGGUUAGCUGUGGUGGUAGGGCUAAUACAACACUUAAUAUUUCAGUGCAGUUUCAGUUUUUGUUUGACUGGAAGUGAGUGUGUUGUAUUUGGGCCUUUGUUUGAUGAAUCCAAAUUAAUUUUACAUUAGAUGAAUCACACAUGUACCUCUGUCGACACAGAUUGACCACAGGGGGAAAUUGCAAAACUGCCAACUUCGCUUUGAGUUAACUUCAGGUGGUUCCAUUUUUAUAUGAAAAUAAGAAAAUAGAAAACAAUAAACAAUAACAAAUGACAAAUAUUCCACAAAGUAUAUUUUUACAUUCGUUGUCAAGUCAGAGCUGUUAAUUUUGUUCAAAUCAGGAUUUUUUUAACAUUUCUGCACAGUACUAUUUUAAAAUGUUGUGAGCUUGAACAACGAUGAAAACACAGCCCACAGUUGCACACAGUCAUUUUUAAUUUAGAAUUCAACCAUAACCAAGAGUUAUGUAAUAUUUGUUUCCAUCUUCUUAAACAUUAGUCAUUAAAAUUGUGGAAUGAGGGAAUCAAACGUGCAGAGUUUUGACCUCUGUGACACGAGGUCAGACAGGAGAUGGAUGUAGAAAACAGCCACCUUCUUAAAUAACUAGAAUUUUAUCAGCAGGAAACAAAUCAGUCUGAGAUUAGAUUGGUUGGCAAGAGACGUCUUUUUUUGUACAGCUCCUCAACAGAAGAUUAAUUUGUUAAAUACUGCAAUACCCUGUAAAAAUAUCUUGUUCAGCCAGAGAAUUGUUGUCAGAUGAUUCAAGUGAUCUUCCAAAUGGGUGAACAUCUUUUUUUAUACUACUGCAACUAUCAGUUUUUCAAAAUACAAAACCUUGUGUUUAAAAAUGUUCUGAAUAAGUAGAAAUAAGAAGAACUCCCCCCCCUAAUUUUUAAGCAUGUGACCAAACAAUUUAUAAAGAUGGAUAUUUUUGGAGUGUGCAAGAAAGAAGGAAGUAAAAAUGACAAAUGAUUAGUCAGCUGGGGGUAAAAACAGGCCAGUAGUUGGCUCUAAAUUGAACUGUCUCUCCAGCCAUUGUAAUGUAAUUUACAGAUAUUUAUCUUUCUGUGAUGAAAAGAAUAAGCCUGAGGGAGAAGAAGAGGGUGGUUGUGAAUCUGCAGAGGUGCUUUUGAUGUGUGAGUGAGGGCACGGAGAAACGAGGCCUGGAAUUCAUUAUAUCACUGUUUCAAAUAUUAUGAUUCAAGCUCACACUCUCGGCGGUUACAGCAGCAGGGAAAAGUGCCAUGGACAGAGUGGAUGGAAAGGUAACAUCUCUGCAGAACGAGCGCAGGGUUGAAAGGUGAACCAAUGCAGGCAGGCGGACGGCACGGGGAUCAAACUCAUCAGCGUGUUCUGAGAGACAUUCUGAGCCCAACACUUUAAUUCUGCUCAGGGUUGCUCCUGUUCUCCUCCUGAAUGCAGAGCGUAGGGAAUGGUUGCAGUUAAAUGAUCAUGAAUGACAUUAGAUAUUAGUGUUGCUAAAUAUUUUCCAAAUGAUCCAUCACUGCUUAUAUUGAUUUCCUUCCUUCCAGGCAGCUAUUAAUUUGCGUGGUUGUUAUUAAAAUUAAAGUGCAGGGGCUUCCGAACUGCAGAUCCAGAUAAACUCAAUCAAGUGUGUAAGACAUCGACACAAAAUCAACUCCUAGAAAAACAUUACUAUGCAACUUUUGUACUUUCAAAAUAUGUUUUCUUCUUGACAGACCAGCAGAUUGAGACUCCACUGAUUGCAAAUAGAAAGCAGUCACCGGGUUUCACUUCCUGAUUGAUUUUAUCCGUCACAACUACAUUGUGAAAAAUAUCGUAGACUCCAGGUCCCGAGAGGGAAGCUUAUGCGGAAGCACUCAAAACCUGUUUUCUGUGUAGUGACCAGCAGGGGGCGACUCCACUGGUAGUUUCUAUAGAAGUCUAUAGAAAGUGACUUCUCACUUUAUAACGUCAGGAAACAUUCAGGAGU